GCCAUUGCAAUACUAUUACGUUGGUAAUUAGCCAAACCAAAAAUCCAUUACAUUACAUUAUUACGUUCUAUCAAUUAGCCGAACCAAAAAGAAUGGGAGACAUCAACAACCAAGCAGCCCAUCUUGUUUUAAUACACGGUUCUUCCGCAGGAGCUUGGGUGUGGUACAAGGUGAAGCCAAUGCUAGAGGCAGCCGGCCACAGCAUCACAGCUCUUGACAUGAGUGCAUCAGGGGUGAACACAAAAACACUCGAAGAAGUUCGAACUUUUGACCAGUAUAACGAGCCCUUGAUUGAGUUCAUGGCCAACUUACCUGAAAAUGAAAAGGUUGUAUUGGUGGGCCAUAGUUUGGGUGGCUUGAACCUGGCCUUCGCCAUGGAGAAGUUCCCAGAGAAGAUUUCUCUUGCUGUUUUUGUUACUGCAAUCUUGCCUGAUACUCAGCACCAGCCAUCGUAUAUGUUAGAGAAGUUUAUUGAAAGCAUUUCCGGUGCAGACGAAGAGCAAGACACUGCAGUGGUUUCAUCCACGCCGUUUCAGCUCACCCCAAUUGAGGAUCUUACUCUCCAAGCGCUUUUAAACAGACCAGGAUCAAUGUUCGUUGAAAGUCUGUCCAAAGCAAACAAGUUCACUGAAGACAGAUAUGGAUCCGUUCCCCGAGUUUAUAUUGUCUGUACUGAGGAUAUAUUGCUUUCUCCGUCGUUGCAACGCUACAUGAUUGAACAAAAUGAGGUUAAGGAAGUGAUGGAGAUUCCUGCAGAUCAUAUGGCAGUCUUUUCUAAGCCUAAGGAACUCAGCCAGUGCAUACUGGAGUUGGCACAGAAGCACGCUUAGAUUGACACCAAUUCUGUCUUAUUGUUAUCUUUGUUAUAUAUAUAUAUAUAUAUUGUUGGAGUUAUGCCUUAAGUUGCUGCCUUUGUUUUAUUUUAGUAUUGUCUGUCUUUGUUAUUUUAAUUCUGCUGAAAUAAAAGACUAGAGCUGGUCUUCAGGACAUGAACUAGUCUUUAGGAGUCAAUUAUGUUGUUAGCUGAACAUGGUACAUUUAUGUUAGUGGUCAUGUUAGUGGUCAGCUGAACGUGGCACAUUGUAGUGCUACAAACCAGCAAUUUCAGUUUGUUUCAAGUCUAUUUAAACGUGUAAAGAUUGCUGAAAUGUGUAAGCAAUCAACGAUAUUUUUCAGUUCAAUAAAACAGUAAAAACUUCCACUGUUCAAAUCAAAA